CUACAAAAGACCUCGACAUGCUUUAAAGACCAGAAGGAGAGAGAGUGUAGUGGCAAUGGAAAUCAUGUUGACUCACAGUGUUUGUGUAUCCGCUCCUACCUCUCCAUUAUUUCUCUGAAAGAAAAUCAUUAACAAACUCUCUCCUCUACUAUUUCUCAGCUGUUUUACAUUUGUUAUCCUGAUGGACUUCUGGAGCUAUGCUUCAGAAGGAAAAGGCCUUCUUUUCUCUGAUGAAAUAGAUUUAUCUGUUGAUGCAUUUGCAAGAAGUAGAAAAACAUUGAUAGGAUGGGAUACAGAAUCGGUUGAGAGUACUGAGUUUAUAGAUUUUGGUUUCUCUGAAAUUCCAAGAAAGCCUUUUCAUGGCAGCAAAACAGGUGUGGGUGUGCUUGGUGGUACUGAUGGUGGUAUUGAUUCGAGUAAACUAGUCGCAAGUUCUCCUAAUUGCAUGAUUGCAUCCAAUUCGUCAAUGGAAUCCGGGUCCAAUCAUUCGAAUUCUCUCGUGGAAUCUAAUAGUCAGGAUUCAUCACUGAUUGAUUUGAAGCUAGGGAGAUUGGCUGAUUUCAAAGAUGCACAAAAUAGCAAGUUUUCGAAAGAGAGGUUGUUAUCUUCAGUAAGUCCAACUGCUCAGGCAAAGCGUGCUCGAGCGACAUGUUCACGCCCUCAGACUACCUAUUGCCAGGUCUAUGGUUGUAACAAGGAUCUUAGUUCUUCAAAGGAUUACCACAAGAGGCAUAAAGUUUGCGAGGUUCACUCAAAAACGCCUCAAGUUAUUGUUGAUGGCAAUGAACAGAGGUUUUGUCAGCAGUGUAGCAGGUUUCACUUGCUGGUUGAUUUUGAUGAUGGUAAGCGAAGUUGCCGUAAACGCUUGGCAGGCCACAAUGAACGUAGAAGGAAGCCUCAAUUGGGUACCCUCUCUGUCAAACCACAUAAGUUACUGCAUCCAUAUCAAGGCACCAAAUUUCUGGGGACUUCCUUGCCAAAGAAAACAUCUCUUCUUUUCCCAAACAUGCUUCCAGGGAGUGCUUUUUGUCCAGGAAAUUAUGAAGAAGAAAAUUGGUGCAGGCGCAUUAAAUUGGAAGAGAAUUCAAUUUACAGCUCUCCAUCUGCAAUACCCAUGGGAAACGGGCAGUUGCUGCCGAAGUCAUUCCUCCAUUUGCACGGCAAUGGGUUACAAAAGACUUGUGGAAUUUCUUCACCGGCAAUUGAUGACCGCAAUUUUUGUAACACAACAACUUUUCAUGAGUUAGCUGGGGCGUCGCACUCUAGCUGUGCUCUCUCUCUUCUGUCAGCUGAAUCACAGGACUUGAGCCAUUCUGCAGGAAAUAUAACGGCUAGGCCCUUGGUCAGUCAAGUGAGUCAUGCUUGUCAGAGCUUGGGUAAUGUUAACAAAUCUUUAGGGGUAGGCUCCUUGGAAAAGUACUUCCCAAAUGGGCUCUAUCCGUCUGGAAUGAAUUUCAUUGAAGUCAACGAUAUGGGGCCAUUUGUGGUUCCUGGUUCCGGUCACGCAGCGGACUUCCAAGUUGAAACAGAUGGAUUUCUACAACAGUCAGAUAUUUUGAAUGCGAAGUAUGGCGUUUCUCCUGAAAAUGGAUCAACUGUGGAUUUGCUUCAACUCUCAUCACAUCUUCAGAGGGUGGAGCAACAGAGGAACUCCAUGCAAGUGAAGCAUGAAAAUGAGGAGUUCUGCAGUUUCGGCUCUACUUAUGGGGUGUGAGAGGAACAAGACAAUGCGCGCUCUUCUGCCUUGAUGAGAAAAUGAUAAAUCCAGUGUUGUUUCAGGUUCAAAGGAGAGAAUUGAUGGCAAGCUGCUUGCCUGCAUCAGAUAUAACUACUAACUUUAUCGGUGCAGUAGACAAUAGGCCCUUAAGAGACUUCAGCUUGCGUUUGCCGUACAUUCCUUUACUUGAAAGGUAAAUAACACGAACAAUAUGUGGAAUUUUUUUAAUAUUAUUGUUGUUAUUAUUAUUGUAAGGUGAUGCAAGUUUGAUUUUGCUAGAGAUGACUUAUUUCAACUUUCAUUUGGAAAUACUGUGCUGGACAAGAAUUCAAUUACUAAAUUAUGUACGACUGAGUAUAUCAUUGCAGAA